AGGGAUUCAGAGACAGACACUGGCUUCCAAUCAUAGUCGAGUGAGUGAUUGGUCCAGGGUAGGAGGGACAGGGUUGAUUAGUCUGUUCUGACUGCAAUUCUUCUGACCACAAAAAAAGAGAGUGUACUGAAGAACUGAGAAGUUCAACUUUAGGUAAAGAAAAGACAAAAAUGCCACAGAACGUGAUGCUGGAUGGGCCAGCCCCUUGGGGAUUUCGGCUUUCAGGAGGCAAAGACUUCAACCAGCCAUUGACUAUAACUCGGGUGACACCAGGCAGUAAAGCAUCACUAGUCAAUCUGUGUCCAGGAGACAUCAUCCUAGCUAUCCAGGGAGUGUCUGCAGACGGGAUGACUCAUGCUGAAGCUCAGAACAAGAUCAAAGAUGCCACCAAUCAGCUUUUCCUCAAGAUAGAGAGGCCAGAAACUAAACUCUGGUCUCCUCAAGUUAUAGAAGAAGGGAAAGUGAACCCAUUCAAAAUCAAUUUGGAGACAGAAAAGCAAGAAUGUAAACCCAUUGGCAUAGGUCAUAACAGAAGAGCACAGCCCUUUAUGGCUGCCGUCAGCCUGGAUGACAAUAAGCAGGUGGUGAGCUCCACCUACAAUACUCCCAUAGGCCUUUACUCUUCAGAUAACAUCCAGGAUGCCCUGCAUGGACAGAUCCAGGGUCUGGUGCAUGAAAAGCCUGAGGGUGACAGUGCAUCCCAGAGGGCCAUGCCUGGCAUCCCAACGGCUAGGUGUAAUGCAGCUGCUGACCCCAACAAAAAUGGGGCCCUCGCUCCUUCUGCUCAGUAUAACUCCCCCACUGAUUUAUACUCAGUAGACAAUGUCUCAAAUACACUACAGCAGGCUCAGAUGUCCACUGUAGUCAGGCAGGCAUCGCCCAGCCAUAAAACCCUCACAUCCAUUGAAGACUCCCAUGUGUACCGUAUGCUCCAGGAAGACCACAAGCAGCCACAUGAACCACGACAGUCUGGCUCAUUUAAGGCCUUGCAAGGCUUUGUAGAGAGUGAUGGCACAAAGUCUCUGGUGACAAGAAGUGUAAAAGCCCCAGUGACAAAGCCCCAGUCAGCCACAUCCUCACUACAGAAGCUGCCGCUCUGUGAUAAAUGUGGCAACGGCAUUGUUGGAACAGUGGUGAAAGCCCGAGACAAAUACCGCCACCCGGCCUGUUUCGUGUGCUCAGACUGUGGCAUGAACUUGAAGCAGAAGGGCUACUUCUUUGUGGAUGGACAGAUGUACUGUGAAACCCAUGCUCGAAUCAGAAUGGCUCCACCUGAGGGACACGACCUAAUUUCUGUAUAUCCCACUGCUUAGAGGCAUGGCACAACUCAAACUUCACUUAAGUUAAAUUAGUUCAUGCAAAAAUGAAAAUUCUGUCAUUAUUUACAUACCCUGAUUUAAUUCCAAACUUAUGACUUUCUUUCUACUAUGGAACACAAAAGGAUGUAUUUUAAAGAAUGCCACAAUUUUUGAUUUUCAUACAAUAGCAGAUGAAAGUGACUAGUGACUCACCCUAACACUCAAGAAACCACCCAAAAGUGUCAUAUUGCAAGUUUUCUAAAGGAUUAGAAUCAUUAUGUAUGAAAAGACCAAAAAUUAAGUCGUUAUUCACUCUAAAGUCCAAUCAUUGAACAACUCGUAAUCAUGACAUUUAGUCAUAAGAUAAGCAAUGAGGUUUGAUGUUAUUGACGUGUUAGCAUAUUUGAUAUAAGCAAUGUUUAUGAGUUGAUCAAUGGUUUGGAUUUGAGAGUGAAUAACUAAAUUUUGGUCUGUUCAUCAUACAAGGUGAUCAUACGACUUUUAGAAGACUUGGAAUAAGACACACGAGUUGCAUGGACUACAUUUAUGACACUUUUGGGUGAUUUUUUUAACUAUUAAAGUGAUUCACUAUCAACUGCUAUUGUCUGGAAAUCAGUGAUUGUGCCUUAUUUAAAAAUAUAUCCUUUUGAAGUUCAGCAGAAUAAAGAAAGUCAUAUGGGCACAGAGUUGGAGCCAGGAUAAUUUACCCGAGGGGGCAUUUGAAAUUUAGAAGUGGGCACAGAUUUGUCACUUUACUCUAAGAUGUAACGUUGCUGAAAAUGAAUUUAUUUUACAAUUGAGUUGAACAUUUAGGCUGUCAAAAAAAUGAUAUUAACUAAAUUAUAAAAACUGGUUCAAAUACAACAUUUUUACAGAGGGGACACAUUGGUAUUGCUGAGGGGACACUGCAUCCUGGUGCCCACUCCCACACAUUCAUCGAUCUGUAACUGCAUGACAUUAAAAUUACUGCAUGUUACUGCAUGACAUCAGACGGUUAUUUCCUGGAAUGAGGGUGAGUAAAUAAUGCUAGACAUUUUGAGUGAACUAUUCUUUUAACUACAGUUGAAUAAAAAAUAAAUAAAAAAGAAA